AUGGACCUUGGGCAUUCGUUGUCCUCUAGCGUUGUUGAAUACCAGACAGCCGUCCUCCGUGGUGACAUGAACUUGGCGGCCGACAUUUUGCCCACUUUUCCUGAGGAACAGUUAAACAAAGUUGCUCUGUUUCUGGAGGGUCGAGACCUCAAGGAGCUUGCUCUGCAGGUCACCACAGACCCCGAUCACAAGUUCGACCUCUCAAUGCAGCUCGAUGACCUAGACACGGCGGUCAGGAUUGCACGCUCCGUCUCAGAGCCAGAAUCGGAGACGAAGUGGAAAGCAAUCGGUGAUCAUGCCCUCAUGGUAUGGCGAUUUGACCUGGCUCGGGAGGCGUUCGAAAAGGCGGGUGAUUUGAAAGGGCUGCAGAAGCUUGCAGCGACGGCUGCUGAGAAGGGUGCAGAAAAUUUGGCGUUUGCGACGCUGUUUCAACUGGGCGAGGCCAAACCGUGUGUGGAUCUACUCUUGAAAACGAAUCGUGCACCAGAAGCUGCGCUCUUUGCACGAACAUAUGCACCAAGCGAAGUACCUAAGGUGGUCGACGUAUGGCGAGACGAGCUGCGGACUAAAAAUCAAGGCAAGAUCGCAGGAAGCGUCGUGCACCCAUCUGAGCAUGCAGAACUAUUUGAGGAAGGGUGGGAAGAGGCUCUUGCACGCGAGGCUGGGAAUCAAGUCACAUACCUUCCUCUGCUCUUCCGAAUCGUUGAGACUGCCAUAGCAGACACGUAA